UAUCCCGCCAGGUUUGGAAAUACGGAAACGGGCGGACCAACACAGCGUAUAAAUACGAUCAGCGCCACCGUGCCAGACUCACAGUAUUUCACGAUACUACAAUCAACAUGCCCGCCAAAGCACAAACCGCUGGAAAGAAGGGAUCGAAGAAGGCCAAGGCUCCCAGGCCAAGUGGAGACAAGAAGAGGAGAAGGCGCCGAAAGGAAAGCUACGGAAUCUACAUCUACAAGGUUCUGAAGCAGGUUCACCCCGACACUGGUAUCUCAAGCCGUGCCAUGUCCAUCAUGAACAGCUUCGUCAACGAUGUCUUCGAGCGCAUCGCCGGUGAGGCAUCUCGUCUUGCCCACUACAACAAGAAGUCCACCAUCAGCAGCCGUGAGGUCCAGACCGCUGUCCGUCUCCUCCUCCCCGGUGAAUUGGCCAAGCACGCCGUCUCUGAGGGCACCAAGGCCGUCACCAAAUACACCACCUCCAAGUAAAUUUGGUUCGCGCCAUAUUUACUUCUAAACGGCUCUUUUCAGAGCCACCAAAAUUCAAGAAAGAUU